UUCCUCUCACACAGACCGGAGCGGGCGGCUUGUAAAGUUGCGGCUCAGUUAAGCGUCAGAGACACAAAACACGAACAGGUUUUCACGUCAGGGCGAGAGUCCAACAGAGGAAGUCGAGGGGGAGGAGUACAGAAAGCUCACGGGGGGGAAUCUGGAUCUGUUCAGCUGCGGUUGAGUGGUCUAAAUGGACUCUCUCGGGUUGAAACGACCGAGGACGAUUUUGGAUGAUAAAAGGACACGUUUCCUCUCGUUAAAAUGACGGUGAUGUUUGUUUAAAACGCCAGCAGUCGGAGGAUUUGACUGAGGAUGACCGCCCUCAUGAGGAAGGUGCAGCAGGUGCUGCUCCUGCUGCUGCUGCCGUGUGCUCUCCAGCUCUGCAGCGCUCAGACAGAAGGAGUGGUCAUCUGUUACGGCACCAAGAACAUCCUGAGUAUGACAGGAAACACAGAGAAUCAGUACAAUCUGAUGAAGGAGAGGUACACCGGCUGUGAGAUUGUGAUGGGAAACCUUGAGAUCGCCAUGAUGGAGCACACCAGAGACUUCUCCUUCCUGCGGUCUAUCAGGGAGGUGACAGGCUACAUCCUGUUCGCCGUCAACGAGUUCAGCUGCCUGCCUCUGGACCAGCUGCGCGUCAUCAGAGGCACCACGCUGUACGAAAACGAGUACGCUUUGGCUGUGAUGGUCAACUACCAGAAGGAAGGGCAGCAUGGCCUCCAGGAACUGGGCCUGACACACCUCACAGAGAUACUGGAGGGAGGAGUGAAGAUCAUCCAGAAUAAGUUCCUGAGCUACGCUCCGCAGGUGAACUGGCUGGACAUAGUGAAGGAUGGAACAGCUCAUAUCAUGAUUGAGGGCAACGGGCCUAAGAAGCCGUGUGACAAAGCCUGUGGAGACGUGCCAUGUUGGGGACCAGGAAAUGACAGCUGCCAGAUCUUGACAAAGACUGUGUGCGCCCCUCAGUGUAACGGCCGAUGCUUUGGUCAAAACCCCAGCGAGUGUUGUCACAUUGAGUGCGCCGGAGGCUGCACUGGACCUCUAGAUACAGACUGCUUUGCUUGCAGGAACUUCAACAAUUCGGGCCCUUGUGUACCUCUGUGUCCUCAGCCCCUCAUCUACAACAAGCACACAUUCAAACUGGAGCCCAACCCCGAUGCUAAGUACCAGUACGGCUCCAUCUGUGUGGCCCAGUGCCCCACUAACUUUGUGGUGGAUGGCAGCUCAUGUGUGAGCAACUGUCCAAUUGAUAAAAUGGAGGUGGAGAAGAAUGGAGUGAAAAGAUGUGAGCCCUGUGGAGGCCUCUGUCCAAAAGUUUGCCGUGGCACAGGAAGUUCAACCAGACAAACUGUCGACGCUUUCAACAUUGACAGUUUCAUAAACUGCACUAAGAUCCAGGGCAGUCUGCACUUCCUGGUGACAGGGAUCAACGGUGAUAAGUACAAUGGUGUGCCACCCCUCGAUCCAGAAAAACUGAAAAUCUUUAACACCGUGCAGGAGAUCACAGACGUCCUCUGUAUCCAGUCGUGGCCUGAAAACAUGUCUGACCUGUCAGUCUUCUCUAACCUCCAAACAAUUCAGGGAAGAACACUUUACAAAGGAGUGAGCUCUAGAAGGGGCUACUCUCUUCUGGUGAUGAGGAUCCCCUCUCUGACCUCCCUGGGGUUACGGUCACUGCGUAAAAUAAACGAUGGCAGUGUCUAUAUCACGGGAAACAAGAAUCUCUGCUACCACAACACUGUCAACUGGACGCGCAUCUUGAGCAGCAGCUCAAGGCCGCAGCGACGCCAGAGGCACAUUGACAUCAGGGAAAACCGACCAAGAAACGAGUGUGUUAACGAUGGCCAAGUGUGUGACCCCCUGUGCUCCUCUGAUGGCUGCUGGGGUCCUGGGCCAGACCAGUGCAUGUCCUGUAAGAAAUACAGCAGGGGGGGAACGUGCGUGCCAGACUGCAUGUUCUUAACUGGGAAGAAGCGUGAGUUUGCUACACCAUCAGGGGAGUGUAUGCCCUGUCACCCUGAGUGUAAAGUCCAGGAGGGGAAGGAGACCUGCACAGGCCCGGGAGCAGAUCAGUGUGUGGCCUGUGCCAGCCUGCAGGACGGCCCGCACUGCGUCUCCUCGUGUCCCGAGGGCGUGAUGGGAGAGGAGGGGGUCAUCUUUAAAUACCCCAACAAGCAAGGCCACUGUGAGCCAUGCCACAUCAACUGUACGCAAGGGUGCUGCGGUCCAAGAAUUGAAGACUGCGUGGGGUCUGCUCGGUACAUCUCUGGACAAGAGACGACGGCCAUCGUGCUGGGAGUGAUUGCCCUCAUCUUCGCCUCAUUCUCCAUCUUCGUGCUGACCGUUCUGUACCGCAGAGGUAUUGCCAUUCGUCGCAAGCGAGCUAUGAGGAGAUACAUGCAGAGUGGAGAGGGUUUUGAACCUAUGGACGCUGGAGAGAAAGGAGCUAAAGUUCAUGCUCGGACUCUGAAGCCCACAGAGCUGCGUAAGAUCAAGCUGCUGGGUACUGGAGUGUUUGGAUCGGUCCACAAGGGUAUUUGGAUUCCAGAGGGCGAUACAGUGAAGCUUCCUGUGGCCAUAAAGACGAUUACUGAUCGCAGUGGUCGGCAGACCUUCAACGAGCUGACAGAUCACAUGACGGCGAUGGGAAGCUUGGACCACAUUAACGUCGUCAGGACGCUGGGUAUCUGCCCCGGGACCAGCCUGCAGCUCGUCACCCAGCUCAGCACUCAGGGCUCGUUGCUGGAUCAUGUCAGGACGUAUAAGAACAACCUCAGCCCGCAGAAGCUGCUCAACUGGUGUGUUCAAAUUGCAAAGGGUAUGUAUUACCUGGAGGAGAACAGGAUGGUCCACAGGAACCUGGCCGCCAGAAAUGUGCUCCUGAAGAAUAACUUCACCGUCCAGAUCUCAGACUACGGCAUUGCAGACCUGCUUUAUCCUGACGACAAGAAGUACUUUUACAAUGAGUCCAAGACACCUAUCAAAUGGAUGGCCUUGGAGAGCAUCUUGUUUCGCAGAUACACACACCAGAGUGAUGUCUGGAGUUAUGGUGUGACAAUAUGGGAGAUGAUGUCCUAUGGAGUGGAACCGUACACGACAAUGCGUCCACAGGAAGUUCCCAAUCUGCUGGAAAAGGGCGAGCGUCUCUCUCAACCUCCAAUUUGCACUAUUGAUGUCUACAUGGUCAUGGUCAAGUGUUGGAUGAUAGAUGAAAAUGUACGUCCAACGUUCAAAGAGCUGGCCAAUGAAUUUACCAGGAUGGCCAGAGACCCGCCUCGCUACCUGGUGAUCAAGGAGGACUGCAGCCAACAGGAUUCGCCCCUGGAUGAAGUUGCCCAGCGGAGUGCAGACCUGGACGACCUGGAUGAUCUAGACCUUGAGCUGAAGGACCAGGAGGCGGAGGAGGUCGUGGAUGGCAUGACUCCAGGGUCCCACUAUUUCUCUCAGUCCAGGAGCCUCAGUCGCCUCUCCAAGAUAGACACUCACAGAGUGGUUCUUAAUCCAUCAAGCACAGCUGGAUACCUGCCUAUGACCCCAGGUUUUGACAACCCAGGACAGGCUCCGUGGCAGUCACGCUCUCGACUUAACUCAGCCCGCACCGUGUCUGAGAGCUCGGAGGGCUGUGGCACAGCAGUGGAGCUGGAGAUGAACGAGGACUUCUCUCUGGCAGGGAGCCUGAAAAGAAGAUGUCAUCGUGAGGACAGCGCUUAUAUGUCGCAGAGGGACAGCAUGUCCGGUGGGCCACCGGAGACUCCAUCCCCAGAGAUGGAGGAAGAAGACCAGAAUGGAUACGUGCUUCCUGGAGACAGUCCAGAGAGAGAUACCCUACUUUCUUCAUCUCGAGCUGCUCCUGGCAGGAUGAGGAAGUCUCAUUCAUCAGGCCUCCUGGAUGACCCAGACGAUGAAGAGUAUGAGUAUAUGAACAAACAGACGCCCGUCACACCCAGGCACAGUAGCCAGUGGCAGAGGCCGAACAAAAAGCGAACCUCCUCCGUGUCGUCGCAAGUGACAUCGUGCUCAGGUGACACCAUGCUGUCUAUGGAGGUCAGGGGACUUCACACGAGGAGCAAGGACAACUCUUAUUCAGAGCAGCAGGGGUCCAACGACGUUGAGUAUGAAUACAUGGACAUCAGAGGAAGCGAGAAAGACGAAAGCCCACCGGCGCACGACCCUCCUCCGACACAGGUAAGGAUUGGAGGACAGGUGGAGAAUGAGGAGGAUGAGUACGUGGAGGACAGUAAUUAUCAUUACACCAACAGACAGCCGAAGCUGCGACAAGCUCUUCAAGACAACAAGGAGCUGAAGAUACAGGGCAGUGACAAUGGCGAGGCGUACGAGUAUGAGGACAUGGACUGCUUCGCUGCCCUGCAGCCUGGAGAUGCGGUGGUGUACCAUAACGUAAAGAGGGACUUGGAGGGAGCGGUGGGGGGCACAGACGCGCAUCACUCUGGGUUUGAACCGUACGUGAAAGUGCGAGCUGGAGUCGGGGUUGGUGAACCCAGAGCUGGAGACAGCUCUUUUGACAAUCCAGACUACUGGCACAGCAGGGUGUUCCUGAAGCCCAAAGCAGUGCCUACAUGAAGAACAUUUUAAAUCUCACUAACUUCCCUCUGAGAUAUAUUCAUGAAGGACCUGAAACAGGAAAUGCAAUCAAAAGCCACGUUAAUAAUGUAGCCUGAGACACCAGUUAAAAAACUUUUUCACAGCUUCGUUGUCUGUUACAGGCUGACAUUACAUCUCGUAUUUAGGCAUUUGAUUUGUGGCAUUUCCAGAAGUAAUAGCACUGACUGUUGAAAACACUACCAGAAACAAACAGAUUACAAGCUAUAUUUUUCUGUUUACAUUUUGAAAUGAACAAACCAUGUUUUUGAGAACAAAUGCAUAUGUUGGCAGUUUCUUUAAUGUUUCCAGACCUCUUUGUGUGAUUAUAUAUGAAAUACAUUUUCUACACAAUAAAAAUAUUUUGAAUAACUA